UUUUGCAGCAAAAAAUGUAACAGUUGCUCUUUGAUGUGUCAUUAUUGCAAACUCAGACAACACGGGGAUUUCCCCAAAUGUCGGUGAUUUUUGCAUAACAAUUCGUUGACGUUUCUUCCGCGCUUCAGUCUCUAUUAUAUCUGUUAUUUGGAAUACUGAUCCAAUAUCCCUAUUAUGACUUGCUGGAACAUUAAUGUCUGGACGGUGAAAGAAGGUCAACAAGUGUGAGAAGUACAAAUCAACUACACGAAUCACUCCAAUGGCCAGUGGGAGUCCAGAUCCAUCGUACCAGGAGCGUAUUGCUCGAAAAAAGAGAGUGGUCAAUGAACUUCUUGCACUACGACGUAUGAAGCUCAUGCAAAGAAAAGAACAUGUGAGUUUUUCACCGAAAUCAUAUUCACCAGAUUCAGGUCGUGAGUACGAAGCAUUCAGAGUACAAAGUGAUCAAGAUUAUGGAGAGAGAUUAACAAUAAGUCGAGAGCAAGUUCGUGGAUUAAUGAAGGGCACCGUUUUGGAGCAAGAACUUCAUAAAACAUACGGUGAACGAGCUUUAGAAGAUGCAGCAGAUCAUUAUGCAAAUGCAGUAUCUGAUCCUUAUCGCAGUUCGAGCGAAGAUAAACUUUCUGAUGUUGCACAACAGAGAUUAUUUUUUCACAAAUUACUAAAUGAGAGAAAACUAAAAAUGGAAGCAAUGCGGCAAAAAAGAUAUGAGAAUGAACAAGCAUUAUUACAACAAAAAUCAAACCUUCGAGCUGCGAAGCUUAAACUCAAAGAAAAAGAACUUGAUAAAGAUAUUCACAGCGACAGUAGUGAAGAAAAUUUGAAUUACUUAGUAAAUGAAGUGAAGCAAAACAUUGGGGUAAUGGAAAAGAAUAUAAGACAUUUAAAACAAAAACAACGUUCAGAAGUGAAAAAAGUAAAAUCAUUUCAGAAACCAGCAGCGAUUGAUUAUAGCUUCAAACCUUGGCAAGAAGAACAAGUAAAUAUUGUUACCAACAUUGUACAAGAUAUAAUCCAAAGAACCCUUGAUCUUUGUGUUUUUUCUGAAGAUAACAUGGGUGAAACAAUGCUUGAAAAACUAUUAAAAACAGAUAAUGAACAAUGGGAGCUUUUAAUGUCAGAAGGUAUCAAACAUGAUGCUAUUUUAAAUAUUAUUAACGAAAUUUUUGACGAGUUGUCAUCUGUGAUGAUUCGUAAAACUGCUGAGGAAAUCGUAUUCCUUUUAAAAAUGGUGGAUGUGUCGGCGUGCGAUUUAGUCAUCAAUUCAACAUAUACUGCAGUGAAUGGAAAACCUCCAAAAGAUUCAAACAGUUCUAUCUCACAGAUGGUGGAUAAAAUGUGGGUUGAAAUAAUGACGAGAAGACUGAAAACAAGAAAAAAUCUCUGGGCUCACACACAAGGGGCCAAAUCUACUUCUAUACCCUCAAAAACUAAUGUCACAGAGCAACCUGAGCAAGUGGAACAAGUUGAAGAAAAUGAUGGUGAUGUAACAAUGCUCUCUUAUGAACAGACACCUCUAACUGGGUCAGUUUUCACGGGAGAGAUCUGGGAUGAAUAUGUCAGUGCAGAGUUUUCAUAUUGGGAAUCACAAUCAGUUGAUUUAGCACCUAUGCCGUUUUCUUUAUCUUACAAAAAAAUAUAUGGAAUAAGCUGUUUGAGUAUGUCCUAUGACAAUCGUUAUGUUGCUCUCGGAACAUACAGAGGUGAUAUUCUUGUCUAUGACAUCACUUGGGAGCCAUUUCGACCUAUCCGUUGUGUGUCAUUUGUAGGUAAAUCUCCUGAAAAGAUUUCUCAUAUCAGCUGGACAGUAGAUAGAACAAAGAUAUUAACAUUGAGUGAGACGCUGUGUUUGAUUGUUUGGUCAGUUUCAUAUUUAUCACCCUCUUCUGCAUCAGAUAUACGACACCUUGGAAUACCAGAAGACAAAACAAAUGGCUAUAACUGCCAGCAACUAACGGCAAUAUGCAUAUUAGAAGGUUUAAAACAAGAUUUUAUGAUUAAAGAGGGACCACUUGCAUCUUCUAUCACUCCAGCCUCGUUUUCAACCCCAGUGGUAGCGAAAUUCUCCCCGUUUAUGAAUGUAUCGGGAGCACAAAAUUUCGUAAUCGUAGGUUUUGCAAGUGGAGACAUUUUGAAGUGUGACCUAUCUCAUGUCACAUCAUCAAGAUUCAAGGUACUUUUGAAUUACCAUCCUACUGAAACAAAUUCACCUUUCAUAAUUGGACAGGAUUCAUUGUCGAAAGGUAAUAAAAUCACAAAGAGUAUCGAAGUCGAGCUUUUUCGAUCUCAUCGUCAUCCAAUCAAUAUGAUUCAUUUUAUAAAGAAUGAUGGUGAUAUGAUUACUUUUGACCAGAAAAUGAACAUCUGUGUUUGGAGACACAAUAAAGAACAAUUGAGUGGUUUUAACUGGUUUAUACCAUACAGGAAACUACGUAUUACUGGUACAGAAGCCGUCAUGGUACCUAAAUUACCAGAAAAAGUCAUAUUCGAGGAUGAAAUUACUCUGAAAAAGAACACGAAAGGAAAAAAGAGGAAAGGAAAACAAGUCGUUGAAAAGGAGCGGAAUCAAGUCAUGAAUGAACUCAGAACUUUACAACUUCAAUCCCGACAGCCAUGGCAUAGUGAUGAUCAAGAAUAUAAUGAAGAAGGAAAAAAGAAAAAGCAAGACAAGUUUAUUACAAAAACAUACAGUCCCACACAGCGAGAAAUUGUUGAUCCACUUGCAGAUCAAGUUUUCCAUAUUGUAACCAGGCAGCGAUCAACAAAUUUGAUGGUUCGAUAUGCAACGCGGAUAUAUUCCGUUAGCCAUAAUCCAGCCAGGGCUUUGAUCGAUACGCUCCCAAAUUCUGAUGGAAGCAAGUUGUAUUUUAUGUUCUUAUAUGCAAAACAUCCCCCCAAUAUGAAAGCACAUGUGACGUUGGUUAACCUCGAUUUGAACAGACUAGAUAUGUUGCAGUCAAUGGUGAUAAAACAAGACCUUGAUAAGAAUGAUUUUGACAAAUGCGUUGUGAAUAAGGAGUUGGCAUUCGCUGUAACUCGCACAUUUAUAUCCAACAAAACAGAAUAUAUUUAUUGCAACAUUGCAGGCAGAAUGCAUGCAUUUUCUACCUUUACAGGUUCUGAAAUAGCAUGGUGCGCUCCUGAUAAAAAAUCGAAAAGAGGAACUCCGGAACGUGGAUUACGAUUUCCGCCUAAGUUAGGGCAAAUGACUGGUAAAAUGAUGUUGGCCACAUUGUGUCCGGAAGGUAAUCGAACAUAUGUUUUAUUACAAAUGCAGCCAGAACAAAAGAAGGGUGAGGCAAUUACUGGAAUGUUUACUGUCGUUAAUGAAUCGUCCCCAGAGUUUCGACAAAAUUUAUAUAUAUUGAGAAACCAACUGACAUCAUCUCUUGAUGCCUCAUUCGUAGAGGAAGAUGAAACAAGUGCAGAACAGUGUGUUCAUCAUCAGUCUCAUUCAAAACGGGACAUGCCCAUCGAACUGUACGUGCAAAUGACUCUAAAUUCUAUUGUGGAUAACGCAGUUGCUAUCGCAAGCUCUCAACUAAUGACAAAUGAACAGAGAGUGAAAGUAUGGGCUAAAGAUUGGGAGAACAUGCAGCAGUUUUUCACUGACUGACACAAUAUAAGAUUUUCUUGUAUAGAUUUGCUUCCUUACUUUUAUAUUAUAUUGAUAGUUGAUACACUUCAUUCCAGGGGCAUAGCGAGAAAUUUUCGAAGGGGGGGUUCUGAAAUUUCCAAUUACCAAGGCCAGAAAACGUGGGUUUUCAAGAGCCUCAACUAAGGGUCUAAAAAGCGUUUCAAGCUACAAAAAAUGAAUGAUAUGGAAGAGGAAGGGGGUGUCCGACGCGCAAUUCCCUCCCCGCCCCACUUCAUUUGUUGCUGUGAAAACCUGGUAUAUGAGGUCAUAAUUUGGCAUGUUUUUAUUGUUAUUGGAGCUGUACUUUCAAACUCAAACUUGGGGUCAAAGAAGAAAGUUUGGAGUCAGAAAGUACUGGAGUCCAAAAUCUAUAAAAAAAAAAAAAAACAUUAUUUGGACUGAGCACUGUUGUCAGACAUUCCCAGAAGGAUUGUAUAAAAAAGUUUUUAUAUUUAAAUAUUUGGUUUUCUAAGAGUCAAAAUUUUCUUCAACCUGGACUCUAAAAAUAGCAGUUCUGAGGUGCUUCUUUUCAUUCAACUUUAUAUUUUGCACAAAUUGUAUUAGUAAGUACCUUUCAACUGUGUAUGCAAAUCCACCUUGGGUGCUCUAUUCAUAUCAAUUUUUUACUAUUCUAUACUUUUUAGUACAAUUUCUUCAAAUUUACACUGUUCUGUAAUUAGCCAUGAUAGCCUUCCUUCAAUUCUUCAUUCAAAAGUUCACUCCCAUUUUUAUGUUUGUAAUAUGUCUUUUUUGAGAUAUUUUAGUAGUUUAAUUAGAUUCACUAUCAGAGUGUUGCUAAAUGGCGUUAGCCCAUAAGCAAGUAAUAUUUUAUAGGAUGACAGCCAUUAUUAUUAUUAUAAAAAUUUACAAAAGAGAACCGAGAUGGUUUGGACAUAUUCUAGAGCGAAUCAUACACAAGGAAAAUUUCCGAGCAUUAAAUAAAUUUUCUUCAUUUUCGUAGAAUUAAUAAAUUUAUAGGUUCUGUUUUUAAGGGUCACCCUGUAUAUUGAUAUACGAGCUCCUAAUUGUUUAAUCCUGCACUGUUACAAUCGAUCUUAGCCAUAUUUUGUAAUUUGUAUUACUUGCCUUAACAAUAUUAUCCAUAACAUAUGCAUUUACACAUGACCAAAUGUUUGCUUUAUUUUCUAAUCAAUAAAAUUUGUAGG